AUGUGGUCCAUAGGUUAUUUAAUCAGGACGGCUCAUGUGGAACUUCAAAUAAAUGAACCAUUAAGAGAGUACGCAAUGGAACUGAUGAAAGUUAAUAUAGUUGAUACACCUUUAUCAGCUGAAAUGGCUAUAAAAUUUCUUUGGCAAAAUUAUCGAGAAAUUCUUAGACAUGAGGGGUUAUUCGA